AUGAAACAGAGCGCGAUCACGGCGCGGAAGCGCGAACUUCGAGAGCGGAUCGCGGAGUUGAUGAGUAAGCGAGGGAAGAUUGGGAAGAAAAAUUUUGGAAAGUCUCUCGAGCGGAAAAAAUUGACAGAGGAGAUUAAGAGGUUGACGCGCGAGCGAGCGAGCGUGUGCGCGAACGCGGGGGGCGCGGAUGAGGAGGAGGGAGAGGAUUUGGUGCGCGCGGAUGAGGACGCGGAGAUGAUGAUGUGA